GCAGCCGCCGGGCCGGGCUGCGCAAAGCCGGCUGGCGCGGGGGUGCUGGUGGCCCGGAGCGCGGCGCGGUGGGAAGGGGCUGCCUGCGGGGGAAAUAACCCUCCCGUAGGGCACCACCGGGAGAAACCCCGGGGGGAGGGAGGUGAGGAGUCAGCCUGUGAGGUCGGGAGGGACAGGAACCGCGCCGCUUUUGUGCGCCUUUGGUAAGGUGAAGGCCAGCCUUUUCGCCCACCCCCGUGCUCCAGCAGCCGGGGGGAUGCGGGCACAGCCCCCGCACCCCCCCCAUCGCCCCCCGAAGGGCUCGGCAUGGCGGCCCGCACACGCGGAGGGGCGCGGGGGAAGGUUGUGUUGUGCUCGCCUUGCACUUCCUGGCGAGCGGCCGGGGCUCCCGGCGGCGCCCGACACCUCCCCCCGCCCCGGCCGGGCUCCCCGCGGGCUGCGCCGGGCACCGCUCCCCGCCGAGCCCCCCGCGGGGCAUCCGCGCUCGCCCCGCCGCCCGGGCCGGCCCGGGCCGGCCCCCCGCCACCCCCGGCCUGCCAGCAGCCUCGCCCCAGCGCCUUCCCCUUUUCGGGAUUUCGUGGCGUUUGGGUGUUUUUUCGUGUUGGAGUUGUUUGGGGUUUUUUUUCAGUUUCGGGGAGAGUGCGGCCGGGCUGGGCGAGGGGAAGGAAACUUUCUCACCCCCCCUCCCCAGGAUGCUCCGGAUAUUUUUGAAAGGGCGGAAGAGUGAGAAAGCGAGCAGCGUUUGUAAGGGCAUCUCAUGCUCUUGAGAAGGUCCUCCCUGACACCUCGCUGCUGGGAUUAAAGACUGGAGCUGGAGAAACUCCUCCCCUUCCCUCUGCUUCUCCACUCCCCACCCCCCCCCACCCCCCCCCACCCCCACCCCCCCAUUUCCCAAGACUAUUAAAAAAAAAAGAAAAGAAAAAAAGAAAAUAAGGAGCCUGGAGUAACUGCGGCCGGUGGGACGGUGGGGAGACGUGGAAGAGGAGCUUCCUUUUCCAGAUCCAUCGCCCAGCACCACGCCUGAGUGAAGGGAUGGGAAGCACUGCCAUGGACAAGAAGAAGGAUGCCUCCAGCAGCAGCAGCAGCAGCAGCAGCUGCAGCAGCAGCAGCAGCAGCAGGAAAACCUCCAGCCAGAAGAAACUUAUGUUGCGAGUGCACAUCCCCGAUCUCAGCUCAUUUGCCAUGCCAUUCUUGGACGGUGAUGUGGAGAGCACAGACAAAAAUGCUUCUCGCAAGGUGGAAGAAAGCUACUCUGCUGGCAGUCCUUCAAAAGGCUUUUUCUCGAAAGGGCUCCAGAACCGACCUUCCAGCCCCGUUUCUGCCCCUGUGAGAUCUAAACAUAGCCCUGGCUCACCCAAAACAGUGUUCCCCUUCCCCUACCAGGAGUCUCCCCCACGCUCCCCACGCCGAAUGAGCUUCAGUGGGAUCUUCAGGUCGUCCUCCAAAGAGUCCUCCCCCAAUUCUAACCCGUCUACCUCUCCUGGGGGCAUCAAGUUUUUCUCCAGAUCAAGAAAAACCUCUGGCCUCUCCUCUUCUCCAUCCACCCCAACACAAGUGACCAAGCAGCCCACGUUUCCUCUUGAAUCCUAUAAGCAUGAGCCCGAGAGACUAGAAACACGGAUUCAUUGUUCUUCACCUCCGGACACAGGGCAGAGAUUUUCUUUGCCUCCAUCUCAAAGUGCAGCCAAGCCUCCUAUCAUGACACCAGCUCCCUGUGCUACCUCAAAACCAGCGGCGGCAGCGGCUCCGGCUCCCUCUCAGCUCCCGGCCGCCUCCGAAGGGAUGCUGGAGAAACUAGAGCUCGAAGAUGAAGCACUUGAAGAAUCGGAAAGUGACAUUUAUGUGCGAUUCAUGAGGUCACACAAGUGUUACGAUAUUGUUCCAACAAGUUCUAAGCUUGUUGUUUUCGACACUACGCUACAAGUCAUUCUUGACUGGGGUGUUGCCAACACGGUGAAAAAAGCCUUUUUUGCUUUGGUGGCAAACGGUGUGAGAGCAGCUCCACUGUGGGAAAGUAAAAAACAGAGUUUUGUAGGAAUGUUAACAAUUACAGAUUUCAUUAACAUACUGCAUAGAUACUACAAGUCUCCAAUGGUUCAGAUUUAUGAAUUGGAGGAGCACAAGAUAGAAACCUGGAGGGAGCUUUAUUUACAAGAGACAUUUAAACCUUUAGUGAACAUCUCCCCAGAUGCAAGCCUUUUUGAUGCUGUAUAUUCAUUGAUCAAAAACAAAAUCCACAGAUUGCCAGUUAUAGAUCCAGUCAGUGGAAAUGCACUUUAUAUACUUACUCAUAAAAGAAUCCUCAAGUUCCUCCAGCUUUUUAUGUCAGAGAUGCCAAAGCCUGCCUUUAUGAAGAAGAAUUUGGAUGAACUUGGGAUAGGAACCUACCACAACAUUGCCUUCAUACAUCCAGACACUCCUAUCAUAAAAGCCUUGAAUAUAUUUGUAGAAAGAAGGAUAUCGGCAUUACCUGUUGUGGAUGAGUCAGGAAAAGUUGUAGAUAUUUAUUCCAAAUUUGAUGUAAUAAAUCUUGCUGCUGAAAAAACAUAUAAUAACCUAGAUAUCACGGUGACGCAAGCGCUACAGCACCGUUCUCAGUAUUUUGAAGGUGUUGUAAAGUGUAGUAUGCUUGAAACACUGGAGACCAUUGUGGAUAGAAUAGUGAAGGCUGAGGUUCAUCGUUUGGUGGUAGUGAAUGAAGCAGAUAGCAUUGUGGGUAUCAUCUCCCUUUCUGACAUUCUACAAGCUUUGGUACUCACACCUGCAGGUGCCAAACAAAAGGAGAAUGAAAGUGAAUGACUGCUGUGAAUGUAUACGCGUUUGUAGGAGAACCUGAACAAAGUUUCUGGGUCAAGUUUGUCUCAAGAACAGAGACUGCAAUAGAACAGAGCAGGAUGGUUGAGAAUGUGUAUUGGGACUUAGUGAUGGAUGAUGAGUCUAUUCCCCCCAGUGAUGUCGCAAAAAAAAAAGCAGCAUGACAAAAAGCUUAUGUUAAAAUGUAGGCUCGUAUUUCAAAACAUCUUCAAAACAUUUGCUGGAAGACUUCACAUGAUGUCCUUCAUUAAAAUGCACUGUAUUCUAAAACUUUUUCAUUUUGUAUUUGACAGAAGUCACUGGUCAGCAAUGGAUAUAUGUGACAUAAGGCAAGUGUAUGGCAUAUUCAUAUCAUAGUGCCUUAUGUCAAAAUACAGCAAUAUGUCAUCACUGUUGCCCAUCACUGUCAAAGGAAGUAUUGUGUUAAAAGAGACACUGUAUUUGAAUGUGAAAGUCUUUAAACCUAAAACCAAAUCAGUUUCAGUUCUCAUUAGAUUUGUCAUAAAAGCUGUAAUUUGAAUAUCGGUAGACUUCUUUAAAACUUCAAUGACAGUUUUGUGUUAAAUGUUGCAUUCUGAACUGAGAUGUAAAACAAGACUGAUUUUAAAAACAGCUUUAUUUAUUUUUACUUUCAUGACAAUUUUUUACACAUCUUUGGUGGAUAGCUAAAAUUUCACCAUAUCCAUUAAUAAACUGUUGAUUGUUAUACAAA